GCCGCACGUGCCACGGCCUCUUGUCCUGGUCCGUCCAUCUCCCUAGCAGCUAUACUUUCCCACUGCCGCAGUUCGCCACUCUCGCCAUCGGGGACGAGGGACUGGGAGCCAGGAUACUUCUGCCGCGCGGCGACGUAGCCCUCCUCCUCCUCUUGCUCUCCCCGCCACCCUCUGCUUAUCGUGUACCUCGUAUUAGAUCUAAUUUUGGUAUCCGUGCGGUCGAGCGAAAUCGAUCUACCCCAGGUGCGGCGGGCGCGGCUUUAUUCUCAAGAUUUUUUCUGUGUUCUUUAGAGAGCAGCCAUGGACGAGUGGAUUCGCCAAACCGAGGUGUGGGUGCACCAAACCGACAGCUGGAUCCGGCAGCAGCCCCCGGAGCAGAUCUAUGUAGCGGCCGCGGUGGUUGCCGUCACAAUCCUGUUGCUUAUCGUAGCAUCUUGUCUGAAAUCGUCUAGACCAAACACCAUAGUUCUAUCUGGGCUUAGUGGCAGUGGCAAAACCACUAUUUACUACCAGCUUCGGGAUGGAUCAUCACAUCAAGGAACUGUUACUUCAAUGGAAGAAAACAGUGAUACUUUUGUGCUGCAUUCGGAGCAAGAAAGGAAAGACAAAGUAAAACCUGUGCAUAUUAUUGAUGUUCCUGGUCAUGCUAGGCUCAAACCCAAACUUGAUGAAGUCCUGCCUAAAGCUGCUGCGGUUGUCUUUGUUGUUGAUGCUCAAGAUUUCUUGUCUAGCAUGCAAGCUGCUGCAGAGUACCUUUAUGACAUUCUGACAAAGGCAACUGUAGUGAAGAAAAAGGUCCCUGUGCUUAUAUUCUGCAACAAGACAGAUAAAGUUACCGCCCACUCGAAGGAAUUCAUCAAGAAGCAGUUGGAGAAAGAAUUGAACAAGCUUAGGGAAUCUAGGAACGCCGUAUCGUCAGCCGACAUCUCUGAUGAAGUCCAGCUUGGGGUCCCUGGAGAGGCAUUCAACUUCAGCCAGUGCCAGAACAAGGUGGCUGUUGCGGAGGGUGCUGGUUUGACAGGUGAUGUUUCGGCCGUGGAACAAUUCAUCCGUGAACAUGUGAAGGCAUAGGUUGUUCUUAUUGUUUUUGGGGCUCCAAAUGGCUAUCCUGAUGAGAUAAGAUGUACAUUGCGUCAAUGUGGUUGUUACCUUUCAUGCAUGUACACCUUCAUCCGGUGCUCUGAAGUUGCUUAGAGACAGUGAAGCACAGUCAUAUUUUGAACUGGUUCAGCUGACCUUGUUAUAGAGGCAUUGCAUGUUGCACUGCUUAUGCCUGACAGUCAUCGGAUAUGAACAGAGCAUGUUGAAACUGACUGGCUUUGGUUGUUUUCCA